CCACAUCACAUGACUCUCCUCUUGGCUGGAUCCAAAGCUCUAGAAUCUAUCAGAUUUUCCAGCCGACUGGAAAGCCUAAGGCAAAUUCUCCAUUGAACGUGGCUCUGCGGAAGAAAUGCUUUGGCUGGGAAUAUCACAUCUGGAUUCAGGAAGCUGAAGCAAAGCAUUAUAUCCUGAAUUGUAAAUAUUGGUCUAGGAGAAAAGAAAAGGAGAGAGAAAGAAAGGAGAGAGAGAGAGAGAGAGAGAGAGAGAGAGAGAGAGAGAGAGAGAGAGAGAGAGAGAGAGAGAGAGAGAGAGAGGCAGAUGGUUAGGCUCCUGCUUGUCAGUUAGUGAGUGUUUCCCUAGGUCUUAGUCUGAGAAAAUGUAAGAAUCCUGGAUCUUGUUGGCUUCUGAACACAAUGCAGAAAGGAAUACGGUUGAAUGAUGGCCAUGUAACCUACCUGGGGCUGUUGGCAAAGAAAGAUGGCACAAGAAGAGGUUAUCUGAGCAAGAGAAGCUCAGAUAACACAAAAUGGCAAACGAAGUGGUUCGCUUUGCUGCAAAACCUUCUCUUCUACUUUGAGAAUGACUCCAGUUCCAGACCCUCGGGAUUGUACCUGUUGGAAGGCUGCGUGUGUGACCGGGCACCGUCUCCCAAGCCAUCCCUCUCAGGAAAGGAAUCGCUAGAGAAACAGCAUUAUUUCACUGUUAACUUCAACCACGAGAAUCAGAAAACCCUAGAGUUGAGAACAGAAGAUGCUAAAGACUGUGAUGAAUGGGUAGCUGCGAUUACUCAUGCAAGUUACAGGAACCUGGCCACAGAACAUGAAGCUUUAAUGCAGAAGUAUCUCCAUUUACUUCAAAUUGUGGAAACAGAGAAAACAGUUGCCAAACAGCUGAGACAACAGAUCGAAGAUGGGGAGAUUGAGAUUGAACGGCUGAAAUCAGAGAUUGCAUCUUUGCUCAAGGACAAUGACCGAAUUCAAUCAAUCCAAACUGUCACACCCAAUGAUGAAGACAGUGACAUCAAGAAAAUUAAGAAGGUGCAAAGCUUUUUGCGGGGCUGGCUCUGCCGGAGAAAAUGGAAGACAAUUAUUCAGGACUAUAUCCGGUCACCUCAUGCUGACAGCAUGCGGAAAAGAAACCAAGUGGUAUUUAGCAUGCUUGAGGCAGAAGCUGAAUAUGUCCAGCAACUGCACAUCUUGGUCAAUAACUUCCUCCGUCCCUUGAGGAUGGCUGCCAGCUCAAAAAAGCCUCCUAUUACACAUGAUGAUGUCAGCAGCAUCUUUCUAAAUAGUGAAACAAUCAUGUUUUUGCAUCAGAUUUUUUACCAAGGCCUCAAAGCCCGGAUAUCCAGCUGGCCAACGUUAGUGCUCGCUGACCUAUUUGACAUACUGCUGCCUAUGCUGAAUAUCUACCAGGAGUUUGUGAGAAACCAUCAAUACAGCUUGCAGAUCCUAGCUCACUGCAAACAGAACAGGGAUUUUGACAAACUCCUGAAGCAUUAUGAGGCAAAGCCAGACUGUGAAGAGAGAACUCUGGAGACCUUUCUUACUUAUCCUAUGUUUCAGAUCCCCAGGUAUAUUCUGACAUUACAUGAACUCCUGGCCCACACUCCCCAUGAGCAUGUGGAGCGAAACAGUUUGGAUUAUGCAAAAUCAAAACUGGAGGAAUUGUCCAGAAUAAUGCACGACGAAGUGAGUGAAACUGAGAACAUUCGGAAAAAUCUGGCAAUUGAAAGAAUGAUCAUAGAAGGGUGUGAAAUUCUCCUGGACACCAGCCAAACUUUUGUGAGACAAGGUUCGCUUAUCCAGGUGCCUAUGUCUGAAAAAGGAAAAAUCACAAGAGGACGUCUGGGGUCACUGUCCUUAAAGAAAGAAGGAGAGAGACAAUGCUUUUUGUUUUCUAAGCAUUUAAUUAUCUGCACUAGAGGCUCUGGUGGAAAGCUACACUUGACAAAGAAUGGAGUGAUCUCACUCAUUGACUGUACCUUGAUGGAAGAGCAAGAAAGUACAGAUGAGGAAAAUAAAGCCUCCGGACAAGAUAUAGACCAUUUGGAUUUUAAGAUUGUGGUGGAGCCAAAAGACUCUCCGUCUUUCACUGUCAUCCUUGUGGCCUCCUCCAGACAAGAGAAAGCUGCCUGGACAAGUGACAUUAGUCAGUGUGUAGAUAACAUUAGAUGCAAUGGCCUCAUGAUGAAUGCAUUUGAAGAAAACUCCAAAGUCACUGUUCCUCAAAUGAUCAAGUCUGAUGCUUCCCUGUAUUGUGAUGAUGUUGACAUCCGAUUCAGCAAAACCAUGAACUCCUGUAAAGUCCUGCAGAUCCGUUAUGCCAGUGUGGGGCGACUUCUGGAAAGGCUCACGGAUCUAAGGUUCCUGAGCAUAGAUUUCCUCAACACAUUCUUGCAUUCCUACCGGGUGUUCACAACAGCUGUGGUGGUUCUGGACAAGCUCAUCACGAUUUAUAAGAAACCUAUCAGUGCAAUACCUGCAAGGUCACUGGAGCUCUUAUUUGCCAGCGGCCAAAAUAACAAGCUUCUGUACGGUGAACCUCCUAAGUCCCCAAGAGCUAAUCGCAAGUUCUCCUCCCCACCACCUCUGUCCAUUACCAAGUCAUCUUCACCAAGUAGAAGAAGAAAGCUUUCCUUAAACAUCCCCAUCAUCACUGGAGGGAAGGCCUUGGAUCUGGCUGCUUUAAGCUGCUCUUCAAAUGGCUAUGCAAGCAUGUAUUCUUCUAUGUCACCCUUUAGUAAGACUACGCUGGACAUCAGCAAAUCAUAUGUAUUCAGUAAUUUUCCUAACAAGAUACCUGAUGAGGGUGAAGGUACAGCUGAAAAAAUAGAAGACUCAAGUCCCAACAAACAAAGCUCAGAAGUCUCCGUAAGAGAAGAGUCAGAUAACGAUCAAAACCAAAGUGAUGAUGCAGACACAGAAACUUCACCAACUAAGUCUCCAACUACUCCAAAAUCAAUCAAAAGCAAAAAUGCUUCAGAAUUUUCACUAUUUUCUUAUAAUAAUGGAGUUGUGAUGACUUCUUGUCGAGAACUGGACAAUAACCGGAGUGCCCUCUCAGCUGCCUCAGCUUUUGCCAUAGCAACAGCUGGAGCCAAUGAGGGCACACCAAAUAAAGAGAAGUACAGAAGGAUGUCAUUAGCAAGUGCAGGUUUCCCCCCUGACCAAAGGAAUGGAGAUAAAGAAUUUGUGAUAAGGAGAGCUGCAACCAACCGAGUAUUGAAUGUCCUUCGACACUGGGUCUCAAAGCAUUCUCAGGAUUUUGAAACCAAUGAUGAACUAAAAUUUAAGGUUAUUAGUUUUCUGGAAGAAGUCAUUCAUGACCCCGAACUUUUGACCCAAGAAAGAAAAGCAGCUGCCAAUAUUAUAAGGACUUUGACACAGGAAGACCCAGGAGACAACCAGAUCACACUGGAGGAGAUCGUACAGAUGGCUGAAGGAGUGAAAGCAGAACCCUUUGAAAACCACUCUGCUUUGGAAAUAGCUGAACAGCUGACUUUACUGGACCACCUGGUCUUUAAGAAGAUUCCAUAUGAAGAGUUUUUUGGACAAGGCUGGAUGAAGGUUGAAAAGAAUGAAAGGACUCCUUACAUCAUGAAAACUACCAAGCAUUUUAAUGAUAUCAGUAACCUGAUAGCUUCAGAAAUCCUCCGAAGUGAGGAUGUCAAUGCCCGAGUUAGCGCCAUUGAAAAGUGGGUGGCUGUGGCUGACAUCUGCCGAUGCUUACACAAUUAUAAUGCUGUGUUAGAAAUCACCUCCUCCAUGAACCGGAGUGCAAUCUUCAGACUGAAGAAAACAUGGCUGAAAGUCUCCAAACAGACAAAAGCUUUGAUUGAUAAACUCCAAAAACUUGUGUCAUCAGAGGGCAGAUUUAAGAAUCUGAGAGAAGCUCUGAAAAAUUGUGACCCACCUUGUGUUCCAUAUCUUGGAAUGUACCUCACUGAUUUGGCAUUCAUAGAAGAAGGAACACCCAAUUAUACAGAGGAUGGCCUGGUAAACUUCUCCAAAAUGAGAAUGAUAUCCCAUAUUAUCAGAGAGAUUCGUCAAUUUCAACAAACAGCUUACAAAAUAGAACAUCAAGCAAAGGUAACACAAUAUUUACUGGACCAAUCUUUUGUAAUGGAUGAAGAAAGUCUCUAUGAAUCCUCUCUACGAAUAGAACCCAAAUUACCAACCUGAAGAGCAGACCAGGGAACUGCAGCUAAAGUGUAUACAUUCUAUAUGAUAAUGUACAUACUUGUUUUGUUUCUCUUGGAUACCCUAGAUUUUCUUCUCAGUAUGUGCUUCUCAAAUGAAAUAAAAUCAUUAUUGUUCUUAGAUUAUUAUAGUAGGACUGGAAUACAAAUUUCUGCAUUGUUUAAGAUUCCACAACCCAACACUGUUUCCUGCAGUGCCUAUUUCUUUUGAACGCCUGUAUUAUUCUGUUCUUUUAUUCUUAUGCUUCCUCCUCAAAAGAGGAAAAAUGAACCAAUGUAUAAGAAGCCCUACGCACCAAUAAUUGCUUCCUUUUUCCCCAGCCCAGAUCCCUGUGGUUCUGAUGGGUUAGCAAUUCAGGCGCUUACCAGCAUAUUUUACAUAGUUGUUAUAAAGGGGAAAAUACAUGUAUACAUAUAUACACGCCUUUUGAAGUCAAGUCAUUUUAAUAAAUAUAUUCCUGCUGGCAGUGAUGUAAUUUCAAAAGCAAACUUCUGCAAAAAAAAAACUGUUAUAAAGAAUCUCAUCACUAAAUAAUCUUGAUGGAACAGAGUAGUAUAAGCUAGAAUUCAUCAUACUUUAAGAAGACCGCUAUCUCAUCUGAUGCCAUAUCACUCAUUGUUCUAUUAAUAUAUGAUAGCAUGAAUCACAGUUUAAAUAAACUGAAUGAGGUUUCUAUACCUUUGUGAGGAAAAUUACCAUUGGUGUAACUUAAACAAUCCAUGACUUUUGUAGAUUGCUGCCCAGAGUUCAUUUAUAGUAGGGAACACACACACACACACAAAAAUGUAACUUUUAAUAUUUCAGCUACAUAACAAUCAUUACAGGCUUAUGUUGAGAUGCUAUAAAACUGUAUACCUUGUGAUAAUCAGUAUCAUAAUGUAGAAUUAGAGAAACAAUUACCAAGUGUUUUUAUUGCAUAUACUGUAAUCCUGUCUAAAUAUCUUCUAGCAGGAAUAUAGUAAUGUAGUGCUUAUUCUGUGAAUACUACCAUGUAUUUUUUACAUUGUACAGUAUAUAAAACACAGUUUAAUUUCAAAGUGGCAGGCAUGUUCCACUAAAACAAACAGAAGACUUUUGCUGUAAGCAAUACCUAGUGGUAUGAGAAUUCUAUUUCAAGUCCUAAAAUAUUUCAACUUACAGCUUGUUUGGAAAAAAGCAAAAUUUCCAUUUUUGUAAAAAUAUAUGUUUCCUGAUUACCUCUUGCUAAUAAAUCUAUUCUAUCUCAGGGUGAACAAUGA